AUGGCCAGCUCGCAGCGGGACGCACGGCCUCAACACGCAGCGCCAACAGCUCCCGCAAAUCCCUUCCUAUCAAAUCCCUUCCGGUCUCCAUCAACCUCCUCCCCCUCCGCUUCCCCUGCAAUCCGCACUCCGCCUCCCGCUUUCGCUUCUCCCACUUCCGCGACCCCCGCAUUCGCUUCCCCUACUCCCGCUUCCCCCGCAUUCGCUUCCCCAGGCGACCUCCCAGAUCCUAGUUACGCCACUCCGCAAGCCGCCGUCCGCGCAGCAUCAAGAUUCGGCCCUCCGCUCCAUUCGCUCGCCUCAACUUCAUCGCGACCCAAAUCCAGCCCGCGAAACCCUAGCCAGGGUGGUAACAUUAGUCAGAGUGGUAACCCGAUUUGGUCUCAGCCCGUUUCGCAGCCUUCAGCAGCAGCGCAAUCCAACACUCCUCCCGCCUUCGCAACACCUUCCGUCGCUCUCGCCGCUUCGUCCGCCGCCACGUCCGCGUCGCCAAACGGCCGUGCUUGGUACGGCUUCUCCCCUUCGCCCUCUCCUAUCGCCGGACGCAGCAGCGCCAAGACCAACUCGUUCACAUCAACAGCCGAUGCUGCUGUUACCCUGGAUAAAUCUGCUGCGGUUUUGGCUCCUAGCAACACCCGACGAGCCGAAGCUGAGGAACAGGCCCGGAAGAGGCUCGGUAAUGGAGGGGCGGGUAGUCAUGCGGGUACUGGUGAACGAGUAGGAGCCAAGGGUACUGGUGCAAUUAAAGGUAGGGCACAGAAGUGGACGAAAGCCGAGCCAGCGGAUCAAAAUUCUGGCUCGGCAGGGGUGAAUCCAAUGGCUGCAGCAGGGUCGGGGUGGGCAGGUUCGACAGCUGCUGCAGCUGGUUCGGGUGAAGUAGGUCUGGCGAGAGUCGCAGGGGGUGCGGCUCUUCAGAAAGCGGAGAAGAUUCAAAAGGACGGUUCAGACUCACUAGAGCAACAUCGAUCGUCAGAAGGUCGUUUCCAACCGUCCGAUCCGCAACCUGGGUGUGUGGCGUCACAGAGAGAGGGGAAUGAUAGAAAUACAGCCGCAAGAGAUGGUUCUCCGGCAGCCGCUCCUGUUCCUUGCACUGAUUCCAUCACGCCGCUACCAUCGGCACCACACGGGCUCCCCCUCCCCUGCCUCCCUCUCCUCCCCUUCCGCCACGCCCCCGCCCUUUCCGCCACACCUUCUGCCACCCCUUCCGCUCCUCCUCCCGCGGCUCACUCACAGCACAGCCGUGUGAAGCGCAGCGCCAGUGACAACAACUGUCUGAGCCAGUCCCCUUCCUCCUCUGCCAAGCCUGCCGUCCCGCCUCCCAGCCGAACCUCCUCCGCAGGCUCGGAGCUAGGCAAGGGCGCAGCAGCGGCGGCUGCAGCUGCUGUGGCGGAGUUUUCCGCGCGCAGGCAGCACAUGGGCGCGGAAGCUGCAGGGGGGGAACGGGGAAGAGAGGGGAACACACCUUUGGGAGCAGCAGGUGCAGCAGUGGUAUCAGGAGGAGACAGAAGGGUGGGUUCAAGCAGUGUUGCUGUUAUUAGCGAAGGUGGGCGGGGGGAAGGGGGGGGCGGUGGCGGGGGGGGUGUGGUGGGGGAGGGCGGUGGUGGGGGCGCUGCAGCAGCAGUCAGCGGGGGGGAUGAGGCGGCUGGCGCUGCUGAUUGCACUCAACUCUGCCUAUUCAACUGCAGAGCUCAUAGUGGGGCUCCUGAUUGGACGGAUAGAGCUUGUCUCCGACUCCUUCCACCUCUCCUUCGGCUGCUGCAUCCUGCUGCUCUCCCUCGCCGCCAUGCUCGUGGGAAAACGCCCUGCAGAUGCCACCUUCACCUACGG